AUGGUGGUCACCCAUUUGGAGCUGGAGCUGUGCUACCAGGGGAAGAAGCUGAGGGGCUUCACCUGUAAACUGACCCGCUCCCACCAUGGCUACCUGCCUGAGAGUGCCUGGCUCAUCGCGGUUCAGAUCCUACUGCCCUACCUGGUGGCCGGCCUGGGCAUGGUGGCAGCGGGCAUAGUCAUGGAUGUGGUUCAAGUAUGGGCUAACUUUGAGUGUGUGUUUUGUGUGUAUUGUAAAGUACAUAUAGCAUUUGUGUGUGUGUUGUAUUUAUCAGGGCAUGUUGUGAUGUGUUGAGUAAAUCCCCUUCAAUCUAAGCAAAAACCAGGUGAGAGAGAUGUGGCGCCACAGAGGUUUAGGUGUCAGCGAUUGCCCACAUUCCCUGGUAGAUAACUAACCAGUGGUGGGACUGGGAGGGUUAGCAAAGGGCACGUUGGAUGCAUCCAAAAUGGCACCCUAUUCCCUUUAUAGUGCACUACUUUUGACCAGGGACUCUGGUCAAAAGUAGUGUACUAUAUAGGGACUAGGGUGCCAUUUGGGAUGUGAUCGCUGAUUAGUCAUCUCUGGCAACAUGACGCUUGUGUCACGAGAGGAGCCGAGCUGUUUGCUAUGGAAAAUGUAAGAAGAAACUAUCAAGAAAGCAUUGAGAACUGUGGGAAAUGUAGCAUGAAAUGAUACAGAGGCCUAUUUAAAUGUAGGAGGUGCUUUGAGAUGCAUCGUAUGGAAAAUUAUAGGAGAGACUGAUAAACAGACGACAGGAUCUAUCUGGGGACUUCAAAGCCGUUUCAAAGGGCAGUCAGAAUACCCUUGACAGUGGCUGUAAAUGACAGCUAGAAAGAGCAUCUACGACACGAGAGUGCUGCAGCCAAUUGAAAUGUAUGUCAAUAUCUAAUAGAUCAUGCACUUGAGGCUUAGCCCGAGUCCCAGAUCUGCUUGUGCUGUCUUGCAAACUCCUAUGUCAUUUUCGAUAGGAGUUGGCAAGACAGCACAAACAGAACUGGGACUCAGGCUAACUUGUGGCUAUACUCUGUGGAACAUUUUGUAGAUGGAUGACCCACUUGACUGAUAAGGACAGUAGCUUGCCCUUCAAAGUGUAUUCUAUAAGACAUGCAGAUAGGCAUAGUGUAUAGAUAGUAGAGGAGCACAAAUGACAUAUAGGAAAAUAAGAAUGGAGCAGCAAAAUAGCUCUUUCCCUGGUUCACCUUUUGGAAAGAUCCCAGCAGUCGCAUGGCGUGACUGACCCCUGAAUAAUGGAAUAGGUCGGUGGGUUGGGUAGUCACUUUGACUGAAGUCAGCCUUGAAAGCUCAGGGAUUUUGUUCCUUUUGAAUUGGAAAUGAAAACAUGUGCAGAAAAAAAGAAAUACAUCAACCAUGAACACUGGUUGGAUUCAAAACAUUCACCUGUAACCAACAAGAGUUACUGUAUGCCACUAACUUACAGUAAGACUUAUUUUAGUGUCACUAUAAUUUCAAUAUUCAGAUUAUUGUUAUUAGAUUAUAAUGGGAUGACAACAGCAACAGAUUAUGGUUUUAAUCUGAAUAAAGAAAUUAUGUAAUACUGGUAAUAGUCAUGUCCUGUUACAGUGAGGGAAAAAAGUAUUUGACCCCCUGCUGAUUUUGUAUGUUUGCCCACUGACAAAGAAAUGAUCAGUCUAUAAUUUUAAUGGUAGGUUUAUUUGAACAGUGAGCGACAGAAUAACAACAAAAAAAUCCAUGUCAAAAAUGUUAUAAAUUGAUUUGCAUUUUAAUGAGGGAAAUAAGUAUUUGACCCCCUCUCAAUCAGAACGAUUUCUGGCUCCCAGGUGUCUUUUAUACAGGUAACGAGCUGAGAUUAGGAGCACACUCUUAAAGGGAGUGCUCCUAAUCUCAGUUUGUUACCUGUAUAAAAGACACCUGUCCACAGAAGCAAUCAAUCAAUCAGAUUCCAAACUCUCCACCAUGGACAAGACCAAACAGCUCUCCAAGGAUGUCAGGGACAAGAUUGUAGACCUACACAAGGCUGGAAUGGGCUACAAGACCAUCGCCAAGCAGCUUGGUGAGAAGGUGACAACAGUUGGUGCGAUUAUUCGCAAAUGGAAGAAACACAAAAGAACUGUCAAUCUCCCUCGGCCUGGGGCUCCAUGCAAGAUCUCACCUCGUGGAGUUGCAAUGAUCAUGAGAACGAUGAGGAAUCAGCCCAGAACUACACGGGAGGAUCUUGUCAAUGAUCUCAAGGCAGCUGGGACCAUAGUCACCAAGAAAACAAUUGGUAACACACUACGCCGUGAAGGACUGAAAUCCUGCAGCGCCCGCAAGGUCCCCCUGUUCAAGAAAGCACAUAUACAUGCCCAUCUGAAGUUUGCCAAUGAACAUCUGAAUGAUUCAGAGGAGAACUGGGUGAAAGUGUUGUGGUCAGAUGAGACCAAAAUGGAGGCGUUUGGCAUCAACUCAACUCACCAUGUUUGGAGGAGGAGGAAUGCUGCCUAUCACCCCAAGAACACCCACCGUCAAACAUGGAGGUGGAAACAUUACGCUUUGGGGGUGUUUUUCUGCUAAGGGGACAGGACAACUUCACCUUAUCAAAGGGACGAUGGACAGGGCCAUGUACCGUCAAAUCUUGGGUGAGAACCUCCUUCCCUCAGCCAGGGCAUUGAAAAUGGCUCGUGGAUGGGUAUUCCAGCAUGACAAUGACCCAAAACAUACGGCCAAGGCAAAAAAGGAGUGGCUCAAGAAGAAGCACAUUAAGGUCCUGGAGUGGCCUAGCCAGUCUCCAGACCUUAAUCCCAUAGAAAAUCUGUGGAGGGAGCUGAAGGUUCGAGUUGCCAAACGUCAGCCUCGAAACCUUAAUGACUUGGAGAAGAUCUGCAAAGAGGAGUGGGACAAAAUCCCUCCUCAGAUGUGUGCAAACCUGGUGGCCAACUACAAGAAACGUCUGACCUCUGUGAUUGCCAACAAGGGUUUUGCCACCAAAUACUAAGUCAUGUUUUGCAGAGGGGUCAAAUACUUAUUUCCCUCAUUAAAAUGCAAAUCAAUUGAUAACAUUUUUGACAUGCGUUUUUCUGGAUUUUUUUGUUGUUAUUCUGUCUCUCGCUGUUCAAAUAAACCUACCAUUAAAAUUAUAGACUGAUCAUUUCUUUGUCAGUGGGCAAAUGUACAAAAUCAGCAGGGGAUCAAAUACUUUUUCCCCUCACUGAAUUAUUCUGGUUGACAGAUCUGUUUGUGCUUGAGACAACUCCUUUCAGUUUUGGCAUGACAACGACCAAGCAGUUGGCUAAAGUAUGAGUACUGUAUAUCUGGCAACCAGGCUGGCAGUGUUGGGAGGGAUUGUGUACGUUUCAGCCCUGGGAACUUUUUAGGGAGAUCAUUAUUAGUGUUUUAGAACUGGGACAUGUUUAAAGAGGUCAUUGCGUAUGUUUCAGCAUUGGGAAGUGUUUAAGGAGAUCACAGAGGUGUUUAUCUUGGUGCCAGCCCUGGUGGGACUGAAAGGCAACCUGGAGAUGACACUGGCAUCCAGACUGUCUACAGCAGUAAGUGUACACACACACACAAGCAUUCAUGCACACACACACACACACACACACACUCAACGCUGCCACAACAUGUUUAAAUUUAAAACUAAAACGUGAUUUUAUAUACAAACUCACGCGCACACACACAUGCACUCACCAUUUAAAUGUUAAAUAUUUCUCCCGUUCCUUUAUAUAUGGUCUAUGCUCCUAUCAGGCGAACACUGGGCAGCUGGAUGAUCCAAAGCAGCAGUGGAGGAUGGUGUGUAGCAACCUGGCUCUCAUUCAGGUGACACUGACCUCUCCUUCAGCAAACACAGCCAAUGGCAUUUUAUCAAACCAAUACUGUCACUGUGGCUAGCCUGUAAUGUCAACCACACUUUAUUAUAAAGUAUGUUUAUCUGUGAAUCCAACAGAGGGCACAAGAGGGUUUCACUGUAUCAAGGCAAUGACAUGUCUCAGUGCUAUGCCCCUCCCUCCCUCCCGCCCCUCCCUCCCCCUACAUCUCCCUCCCUCUACACCUCCCUCCCUCUACACCUCCCGCCCCUACAUCUCCCUCCCUCUACACCUCCCGCCCCUACAUCUCCCUCCCCCUACACUCCCUCCCCCUACAUCUCCCUCCCCCUACAUCUCCCUCCCUCUACAUCUCCCUCCCCCUACACUCCCUCCCCCUACACUCCCUCCCCCUACAUCUCCCUCCCUCUACAUCUCCCUCCCUCUACAACCUCCCGCCCCUCCCUCCCCCCUACAUCUCCCUCCCCCUACAUCUCCCUCCCUCUACAUCUCCCUCCCUCUACAUCUCCCUCCCCCUACAUCUCCCUCCCUCUACAUCUCCCUCCCUCUACAUCUCCCUCCCUCUACAUCGCUCUACCUGCUCCCUCUGGCUCUGCUCCCUCUCUCGGCCUGCUCCCUCUCUCCCCCUGCUCCCUCUCCCUCCCUCUAUAGGUCCAGGCCACAGUGGUGGGUUUCCUGGCUGCAGUAGCUGCAGUGGGGUUGGGCGCAUUGACCAGGGGUCAUGUAGACCUGCUGCAGGCUGCUGUUUUAUGUGCCAGCAGCGUCACCACAGCCUUUGUAGCUGCCCUGUCCUUGGGUAAGUCAACCAGACAAAACCAUAAUAGCUGUCAUGCCACUAGCCAGUGAUAGUCCCAUGUGGCUCAUUUGUAGAGCAUGGCGCAUGCAAUGCCAGGGUUGUGGGUUCGAUUCCCACGGGGGACCAGUAUGGAGGAGGGGGGGGAAAGUGUGAAAUGUAUGCACUCACUACUGUAAGUCGUUCUGGAUAAGAGUGUCGGCUAAAUGACUCAAAUGUAAAUAGUGUUAGGUAGUGUCACUUCCAUCGUUAAGAUGUUAAUUAAGUUAGUGUUUCUUAGCAUAACUAAAUCAGAUAUUGAAAGAGAUCUAUUCAAAUGGCCCAAGAGUACAAAACUAAAAUGGCAAUAUCAGUGGGCAUGUCAAAGAAUGUUUUAAAUUGGGGCAUUUUUGCCAUUUAUUAUGGAUUCCUGAGUUUUGUUUUUGACAAUAUGGUUUUUAUCCAACAAAUGUAUCUACAAUGAGAUGAUUCUAGAUUUAAAGUGGACUAUCGUAUGUGUGUCCACUCUGUGUCUGUAGGCCUGGUGAUGGUGGGAGUGAUCAUUGGCUCCAGGAAGGUGGGAAUCAAUCCUGACAACGUGGCUACGCCCAUCGCUGCCAGCCUGGGUGACCUCAUCACCCUCUCUCUGCUGGCUGGGGUCAGCAGCUUCCUCUUCCGGUUUAAAGGUCAGAACACUCACCGCAGAAUAAAUGGAAUGUGCCGGAGUCUGGUCGAGCGGUAACACUCGACUCCUAGACCACACAGCCGCUGUCUGUCCCCUUCCUACCCGUCAUUGUCUGUCCCCUUCCUACCCGUCAUUGUCUGUCCCCUUCCUACCCGUCAUUGUCUGUCCCCUUGACUUCCUGUCCUGUCGAAAAAACUGUACAAGUACGAAAGGAUGUUUGAAGUCUAAUAGGUCCAAAUGUUAUCUGAACCUUAACCCCUACCACUGUCUAGGCCCAUCUUGAUGAUUCCUAGGACUGGAUGCAAUAUUGAGUAAAGCCUUGGUGGAGCUAUUUUCAUUAUGCCUAGGUUCUGAUUCCCUACACUUCUCCCCAAAAUGGCCACUUGUUCACUCCCCCUCAUGGAUUUAAAAGUUUUGGAUUGGUGUGUGUAUGGGCUUACACCAAUCCGUUCCAUUUAAAUCCAUGAAGCACUCUUUGACGAGAAGGGUUGAGAAUCUGUAGAAGGGGUUGGUUUGAAACUAAUCUCUCAUUAUUUCCAACUGGACUAGACUAUGAGCACCAACAAGAUAGAUUACAUAACUUCACCGUUAUUUCAUUUCAUUUUACAUUACAUUUUCUUUCCAGGCAUUAAAAAAUCUUAUUGACCUUUUGUAGUCAAAAAAUCUAAUUAGUUUCCAAAUGAAAUAUCCUCAAAUCUCGAAAGAAAAUUCAUAGAAAAUUCAAUUGUGUCAUAGGUAGAGGGAAGCACAGUCUCUUUCACUACUAGUUAUUUCAGGUCUGCUUAAUAAAUGUCCAACACAGUACAACACAGUGAUAUACAGGAUGUCUUGCAGUUGUAACACAUUUUUUCUACCUGCAUAGAAAACGUGUAUGUGGAAUGUGUCCACUUUCUCACACACACUCGCUACCUUUCCUGACUUCCAGAGAUGUGGUACCUGCCUGCUCUGGUGUGUGGCUUCUUCCUGGUUCUCAUUCCGCUGUGGGUGGUCAUCGCCCGGCGCUCUCCUCCAAUCAGAGAGGUGCUGAGGUCUGGGUGGCAGCCCGUCAUCGUGGCCAUGUCCAUCAGCAGGUAAAGGCCUGGGGCUAUCAACAUUCUAUCAAUGUUCAAUCCAUAAGCUUCCAACUAGAUUUCGAAGAAACAAAUAUGCAGUAUAUUCACUUACAGUUAAGAGUGCAACUUGAAGGCCUUUUGUCACCUUUAUCCAAACUGAUUUGACAGAACUGGACUGGUGCCAGCUACUGCUCAGCAGGCUUCCAUGCACCAUAUCACUUUCACCUAUCCUCCUUUCAGAUCAAUGCAGAUGGAGAGGACACAAAUAGUGGAACUUAUCACAUGCCCCUUAGACAAUCUACAGCUUUGAACAUGUUAUGUGACGUUUGUGUCCCAUUGUAUCCUUGUAAACCACAGUAUCGGGGGCCUGAUACUGGAUAGGACCGUGAGCGACCCGAACUUUGAGGGCAUGGCGGUGUUCACCCCCGUAAUCAACGGUGAGUGGACCGAACCUAACUCCUCAGAUCAAAGAGUGUAGUUCAAUGCUCAGAUUUCAGUUUUGUCUCAAUAUUAUUUAAAUGUUGAAGAGUUCUUACUUCCUCCUUACUAACAAAUAUCCUCAAGAAGCCACCUGAGAAACAGCUGAAUGGACAAAACUACAAACAGGGGUACCCCAAUGCUGCUUACCAUUGCUAAAUAUAUCUCUUGUAAAACCACCAUGAAAUCUCAUUUGGACAUGGGUACGAGUCGAGAAGCCAUAGCUUUAUUAGUCUCAAGUGGUUAUGAAAAGAGCAUUAAGUUCCUCUCAUCCCUAGCCUGUCCACUACUGUAACAUGAUGUCAGCUUAAAUGUCAAAUCUGGUACUCCUUUCUGUAGAAGACAACAUCUGGUUGUCUUGGUGGAAAGAUAGAUGGCGUGUUUGACAAAAUAAUAGACAGGCGUGGUUAUCUUGUCCUGUUACAUUUAAACAGUCUUUGAAGUAUGACAGUAAAUUACAAUAACUUGUGUGACUGUUUACAAUAGCACAGUGGCUUCAUGUAAUUAAUGUCAUUUGAAAGUUUUUAAAUGGCAUCAAAAUUAAUUUCAUAAGUCGACUCCAAACAUGUUGCAUCAGUGACACGUUACUAAAGGCCUAGUCCAGGGGUAUUGAACUUUUACCCUAAGAGGAGCCUGUUGGGUUUCUGUUCUACCUGAUCAUUAAUUGCACCCACCUGGUGUCCCAGGUCUAAAUCAGUCCCUGAUUAGAGGGGAACAAUGAAAAAAGGUCCAGAGUUGAGUUUGAGGGGACUAGUCUGUGAUUUCCAGCCAUUUUUAAAUAAUUUAAAUGAGUGAUAUAUAUACCCCGGGAGGUUGGUGGCACCUUAAUUGGGGAAGAUGGGCUCGUGGUAAUGGCUGGAGCGGAAUAGUGGGAUGGUAUCAAAUACAUCUAACACAUGGUUUCCAUUUAUUUAAUGCCAUUCCAUUUGCUCCGUUCCAGACAUUCUUAUGAGCUGUACUCCCCUCAGCAGCCUCCUGAAAUGUAUACCCAUUGAUUGUUGAAGAACAUCACUUAUAAAUGCAUCAAGAGUCUUGAAAGCCAGGAUGAUGAAGCCUCCUGAGAUGUUUAUAACUUAAGAAAUAAAGGGACACUAAUUCAAACCACUCAGCAGCCUUGUCAGAACAUCAGAGGGGAAAGAGGAAUGUAAUGAAGUUCCCACAUCUCCAGUAAAUAUGGCUGCGUUUACACAGGCAGCCCAAGGGCGGCAGGUAGCCUAGCGGUUAAGAGCGUUGGGCCAGUAACUGAAAGAUUGCUGGUUUGAAUCCCUGAGCUGCCAAGGUGAAAGAAAUCUGCCAUUCUGCCCUUGAGUAAGGCAGUUAACCCCCAACAACAACUGGCCGCUGAUGACAUCAAUUAAGGCUGCCCCCCCGCACAUGUCUGAUUCAGAGGGGUUGGGUUAAAUGUGGAAGACACAUUUCAGUUGAAUGCAUUCAGUUGUGCAACUGACUAAGUAUCCCAAUUCAGUUCUUUUUUUUCCACUAAUUGGUCUUUUGACCAAUCACAUCAGAUAUUUUCACAUCAGAUCGUUUUCAGAGCUGAUCUGAUUGGUCAAAAGACCAAUUAGUGAAAAAAAGAUCAGAAUUGGGCUGGCUGUGUAAACGCAGCCUAAGACUAGUAUAGGGAUGUUUGUUACCCACUGCUAGCCACCAUCGCUGGAGAAGACUAACAAUAAGGUUUACAUAAACCUCUUUAGAAUGACAACUAUGUACUGUCUGCUUUGGAGGAUUUCCUCUAUAUCUUUGCCAGCCUCAGCUAGCGCUAGCAAAGCUUUUCGCAUUUAAUCGGCAUUUCAAGACAGGAAGUACAUUUGCAUUGCCAUUCAUUUGUGUUUUCUCUCUCUUACGCACGCUCUCUUUUCCCUCUCUCCUUGUUUAUUCUUCUCCUAACUUUCUCCCUCUGCUUCCCUGUCAAUGUUGUUCUCUCUUCUUCCCUCUUUCCUUCUGCCUAUCAAUCUUUCUGUCCCUCUCUACCUCUCGCUCUCCCUCCAUCCAAUAAUGGACACAAGAUCAUGCUAUCUCUGUGCACAAACUCACUUUAAAGAUAUGCCCUUACAUUCACAGCAGAAUAAUCCCUACAUAAUCAACUAUAAAGAGUUGCAGAAAAACAGAAUUAACUAAAAUUACCUUGAAGAUGCUUCAUCAUAACCUUGAAAAUACCUAUAAUUUACAAAACCCAAAGCUCAAGCCUAAAUAUAUAAAUAAAUAUAAUAUUCCAUAUAGCAGACGCUUUUAUCCAAAGUGACUUACAGUCGUGUGCAUACAUUUUACAUAUGGGUGGUCCCGGGAAAGAAAGCCACUAUCCUGGUGUUAUAAGCACCAUGCUCUACCAACUGAGCUACAGAGGACCAACAGACAAUUUCAACAAAAUAAGAUUAUAAAAAUGCCUACUGGUAUUUCAACAAUUGUUCGGCUCCUUCCCUUCAACCAGGUGUGGGAGGUAACCUGGUAGCCAUCCAGGCCAGCCGCAUCUCCACCUACCUACACUACUGGAGUAUGCCGGGGACCCUGCCCUUCCAGAUGACACAACACUGGCAUGGCCCCUGCCUGACCUUCUGCUCCUCAGGUCAGCAGUCAAAACACACUUAAACUUCAAACGCACACAAACACACAAGAUGACACAACACUGCCCUUGCCUGAACUUCAGCUCACAACACUGCCCUGACCCCUGCCUGAACUUCAGCUCACAACACUGCCCUGACCCCUGCCUGACCUUCAGCUCACAACACUGUCUUUGCCUGAACUUCACAACACUGCCCUGACCCUUGCCUGACCUUCAGCUCACAACACUGUCUUUGCCUGAACUUCACAACACUGCCCUGACCCUUGCCUGACCUUCAGCUCACAACACUGUCUUUGCCUGACCUUCACAACACUGCCCUGACCCUUGCCUGUUCUUCACAACACUGCCCUGACCCUUGCCUGACCUUCAGCUCACAACACUGCCCUGACCCUUGCCUGACCUUCAACUCACAACACUGCCCUGACCCUUGCCUGACCUUCAGCUCACAACACUGCCCUGACCCUUGCCUGACCUUCAGCUCACAACACUGCCCUUGCCUGACCUUCACAACACUGCCCUGACCCUUGCCUGACCUUCAGCUCACAACACUGCCCUGACCCUUGCCUGACCUUCAGCUCACAACACUGUCUUUGCCUGACUUUCACAACACUGCCCUGACCCUUGCCUGUUCUUCACAACACUGCCCUGACCCCUGCCUGACCUUCAGCUCCUCAGCUAACCAGUCAAACAAACUUAAAAGAAACAAAAACAAGCAGAGGGGUCAAAUGAACACUGCACACAUCUACACAUAAUAUUACUAACCCUUGGAGUCGCCAGUCGACAUUACCCUGCCCUCUCUUGUACUUUUCCUCCUAGACAUUAAAAGGGUGGUUCACUUUUGGAAGCUUAUUUUCGACUUACUUAGUGUUAAGAUGUCCUCUAAGUCUCCUGUUUACAUCAACAGGGGUCAACUCCAAGUCAGCGAGGGUUCUGGUCUUCCUGGUGGUUCCGGGUCACCUGUUCUUCCUCUACACCAUCCACUUACUGAAUGGCGGCCAUGGCGCCCUCACGCCUGCCUUUGUCUGCCUUUACCUGUGUGCCGCCCUGCUACAGGUCAGAGGUCAAAUGUAUAUGUACCACAGACAUGUCACUCUGUACCGCUACUACUGUAAGAGGUGACAAAUAGUGAAACAUUAAUUUGUAAAAAAUUAUUGACCUCGGUGAAGACCGAAUGUGGCUCCUGGGGAAAAAUGAGUUUGACACUUCUAUGCUAUAGUAUUUUAUUCUAUAGAAUUUCAUUUAACCUAGUUAUUCCAUAGUGACACACUGCAAAAAGAAAGUAGGAAGUCUGUAUUGCCAUAAACCUGUGAACCUUGUGAAAAAUGAAGUGAAAGUUCAUGUAAAUUUCACGGAUGGAUGUUCCUUUUCACUAUGCCUCUCUUUUGUUUGGAUCUCACACAUUGAGGGUUUGGGUCGAGUAAAUCAUAGUUUUACACUACGAGAGCCAUUUGGACGACCUUAUCACGUUGCCGAUAUAAACAACGGCCUUAGUAGAAAUGUUAAUAAAAUAUCGACUGUUUUCAGCCCUCUUGUCAAACUCCAGCGCUGCAAUUCAAACCACACAUCGCUGAAAAAUGCAGACCAAUAGACUGAUACGUCUGUAGAACACCAGCCCAGUGUUUUAGUCCUGCUACUUAUCAGAUGAAACAAUAUUUUUCAGUAGAGUUGAUAUGACCUGUGGUGUCAUUAGCAACUUUGUAGAUACUUGAAAAUGAAAAAUAAAUGUAUACUAGCAGUGUGAACCAUGUAUACAUUUUUGCCCUUAAUGUUUAUUGUUCACAUUACCUCAACUUAUUUUUACAAUGUGGUAGUAAUCUACACACUAAUGGAAUGUUACUAGACAGUAUAAAGGAGGAGUUAUUGAACAUGACGUAUACAUCUUACACAGGGUGAAAGGACAUUUUAUUACAGCUUCUGCACUGUCCAACUUCCCUCAGUUACCUGCACUAGUGGGUUACUCAUCGUGCUGUCGACUGAUUCACAGGUUGUGAUUCUGCUGUACGUGGCUGACCUGAUGGUGUGCUGGAUGUGGCGGCAGGGGCUGGACCCGGACAACUACUCCAUCCCGUACCUCACGGCUCUGGGGGAUCUGUUGGGGACCGGCUUCCUGGCCCUGAGCUUCAGGGCCGUUCUAUUGGCCACUUCCUCUGGGAUGAAGGGGGUCUAA